CCUCCUGCCUCGCCUCCACCACUCCACAGCACCUCACCCCUCACACCCUCUGCCCAGCAUGUCGGCAAUGGAGCUCAACGGCGGCAGUGUGCUCGCCAUGGUCGGCGAGAACUGCGUCGCCAUCGCGUCGGACCUGCGUCUCGGCCAGCAGGCGCUGACGCUCUCGUGCGCGCACGACAAGGUCUUCCGCAUCACCGACCGCUGCUACCUCGGCAUGCCCGGCCUGGCGUCGGACACCGAGACGCUGCGCCAGCGCUUCCGCUACCGCACAAAGAUGUACGAGCUCAAGGAGGAGCGCGAGAUUGAGCCCGAGACGUUUGCACACCUCGUCAGCAGCACGCUGUACGAGAAGCGGUUCGGGCCAUACUUCAUCGAGCCGGUCAUCGCAGGCAUCACCGGCCCGAACAGCUCAGAGCCGAACAAGCCUUUCAUCGCAGCCGCCGAUCUGAUCGGCUGCCUCAACUUUGCAAAGGACUUCGUCGUCGCAGGCACAGCUAGCGACAAGCUCUUCGGCAUGGCAGAAGGGUUGUGGGAGGAGGGUCUGGGUCCGGACGAGCUCUUCGAGACGAUCUCGCAAACACUGCUGGGUGCGCUCGAGCGCGAUGCGCUGUCAGGAUGGGGUGCCAUCGUGCGCGUCAUCACGCCGGACAAGGUCAUCGAGCGGGUGCUGCGGUCGCGUCAGGACUGAGGGGCGGAGAGACAAUGACAGAC